ACAGCGCCAACCCUUUUCCUGUUUUCCAAUUUGAUCUUGUUUUUGAAAACGGUGUUGAUUUUAUUGUUCCAGGCUCUUGCCCUCUUCGCCCUCGUCGCCGCCGCCUCCGCUGGCUACGUAGCCCCCUACAGCUACCCAGCCUACCCAGCGGCCCCAGCUUACGGGUAUGCAGCACCCUACAGCUACGCCCACGCCCCCGUGGCCGCCCCAGUCGUCUACAAGGCCCCCGUCGUCGCCCACGCUCCCGUCGUAGCCCACGCCCCAGUCGCUGUUGCCCACGCUCCAGUCGCCACCUCAUACGCCAACACCUACAAGGUCUCAGUUAAGGCCCCAGUCGCCUACGCUGCCCCCGCCUACGGCUACGCCGCC